CGAGCGAACCGCACAGUUCGUUUCGAGUGUUCGAGGAGAGCGCCAGCAAAACUCCAAUAGAAGUAGCGACAGUGCUCCCAGCUCCCACUGCAUCUCAAGGAAAGCCCUGAUCUUCCAGUGACAGUGUUUAUUUUUUUGCAAGUGCAAGUGACAGCAGAAUGCCCUUCCCAAUUCAUCCGCCCAAGCAGAUGCCCUGCCCCCACUGGCAGCAUUUCCCCAUCAGUCCGGUGGACACCAAGGCCAAUCCGUUCGACUCCAUGGGCGGAGCCGCUAGCGCCGCCAAAGGCUGCGCUGCGGUGAACAAGCCACCAGAGCCAGUUUCCUAUCGCUACUGUCUGCAGUGCAAGGCGAGCGGCAAGGAGGGGGGCAACAACUCCGACCGGGACUAACGGGAGGGCAAUGCACCGAACCGACCCGGCCAGCUCGGCUCACCUUCCAGCCACCCACAAUCCGCCAUCUACUGCUAACCAUAAUCCACCUUCAACGCCAUCAUACUCAUCAUCCACUUCAGACGCUUCCAAUGUGACACUAGUAGAAGAUAGGAAGCGCCCUCCGCUGCUGCUGCUGCUGCUGUUGCUGAACCCUCGAAAGUUCUGCUCUGCUGGAGAAGACGCUUGGCAGUGGUGCAGCGGCACCAGAAGUGCAUUUUGGAAACUUAAUUAAAAAGAAAAUGGGAAAACUCAGUUUUUUUUUUGUUUAAGCCUAAGCAGAUGUUUUUUUGUUUCUAUUUUUACCUGUUUUGCGUGCCAAUUUUCGCUUUAAUUUAAGCAUUUUGUAUUUAGAGCUAAAGACUACAAUUUAUACGAUUUUAUAUGGAUCUUAAUAAGCACGAAUAAAACGCACGACGCAUUUUAAACA